AUGACGCCCCCGCGGCCGACGGCGCUGGCGGUGUGCCGGCAGGAGGACGCCGGCGGGGGAAGAACGGGCGGCCGCGUGGGUCGGCGGGGGUCGCGCGGGAUGACGGACGGCGCUCAGUGGCUCGCCUCGAGACAGCAGCCGCCAGGAAAAAGCGGCUCCGCCGUCCAUUUGCGGCCGCACUUCCGCAAGGUGGAGUCAAAAACGCAGCUCGCCGACGCAGCGGGGCCAUCCACAGGAGUCGCGGCGGGGCGGGCGGCGUAUCUGCGGGCGGGUGCCGCCGGGUCGAAGCGGACGGCGCCGCAGCAAUCUCGCGCCCCCCAACCCACCACCUUCCAGUAG